UUUUCUUCUACGUUGUGUUGGGCGUCGUCUCUGACCUCGAGCAUGUCGACACUAGGGCCAUAUUCUGGAUUUGCGGAAUCUGUAAUAGUUUAAAGAUGCCCUGACACGCGCGCUCGGCAUACGACGUAGAAUAGUAUAUGAGCCAAGUGCUUUGAUUUUCCUUCUACUCUGACCCAUCUCAUCCGUACCUUUGAUUUGAGGCUCAUUGUGCUUACAGAUAUCCUGCUCUCGUCGGCGAUCUCCCUCGUCCUCGUACAACAAGCACAUAUUGAACGAAGGUGCUCUGCUUGAUGCCUUCAGUCAUCAUUUGGGCGUCGCCCCAGAAAUACCAUGGCCCAUUUUGGCAAUAUGGGUGUUCAUGUGUGUGACCUGGUUACUGGCUUGCGUUGUGCGUAUUCUACAAGCUGGUUUUGCCAUUCCCUCCCGUUAUACGAUGAACUUCAUAAAAUUAUCAACUAGAAGCUGUUGCUUAGCUCUGCAUGUGCAGGGCGUUGAUUAUAACUCUUAGACCUGACUUUCUGUUUCGUUGUGCGGCGGAGACUGGCUUGCUAACAACCUUCCCUCAGUCCCCAUGCCCGUCGUACAAAAGUGAUGGUUGAUUAUUACGAUUUGUAUCUAUUAGCAACGUAAUGUGAAUGCGUUCGCUCGCUUCGGUCGACAUUUUGCUGUCUACGCUGUCUACUUCGUCAUGGCUAAAGUCGAUUCGUAUCAUGUCCCGAAGGCCGCACGCCGUCCGACACGAUACGGUUUGGUUCUAAGUCUCGUCUCUGUUACUCUGAUAUCCUACUUUGCCUAUUCGCGCGAGAGUUACACGGUCUGCUCUUCAACGCACUCGAUCUACAUUGUGGAUGAAGUCCGUCCGACUGCCGAAUGCAUCUCUGUGCACAAAGGGAGGAUAUCUGCCGUGGGGAGUAUGGGCAUGGUACAACGGUUCAUGUAUCCUCUGGCGGUUCGGCUCCUGGAACCAGGGCAGAUUAUCGUGCCCGGCUUCUCAGAUGCGCAUGCGCAUUUUCUGCAGCAAGGUUACAAAAUGCAGCUCCAAUUGGACAAUGCAAAGUCUGUCGAGGAGGUUGUUGACAGAAUCAAGACAUACAUCAAUGCACACCCCGAGGUGAAGGAGGAUAAGACUCGCUGGAUAGAAGGAAUGGGUUGGGACCAGACGAAAUGGGCUGGCGCGUCGUUCCCUUCAGCUGCGGAUCUUUCCAGAGAUCCAUUGCUCGCAGGACGGCCGAUACAUCUGCUAAGAGUCGACGUUCACGCCGCCUGGGUGUCCGAGCGGGUUCUCGAACUGAUAGAUCCUCUUCCCGCUGACGGAGAUGUGGAUGGUGGGAUCAUAGUGCGAGAUGGAUCGGGCAAGCCUACUGGAAUCUUCGUGGAUAACGCCAUGGCGCUUAUCCCCAGUCCCCCAUGGGCCCCGGAUCAAUAUUCCCAGUUCUUUGAAACCGUCGCCGCAGAGGCGCUCAAGUUCGGUUUAACUACCAUUCACGACGCAGCCACGGAUCCAGUUUCGGUCGCAUUUUUCAAACAAGUCGCCGAUUCAGGAAAGCUCCCGCUCCGACUGUAUUUGAUGGCUUCACCAGCUGGCGAAAACUUUACGAACUGGGAUCCUAUGAAGGUUGAAAAACUGAUCAACUACGGUCCUCAAGAACGACUGACUUUGCGAAGCGUCAAGCUCUUCACAGACGGCGCACUGGGAUCAUGGGGCGCUGCGCUAAUUGAGCCUUACGCUGAUCAGCCAAAUAUGCGUGGAAUUUUGCGAAGUCCACCGGAAACCAUGGACGGUUUCAUUCGGGAUGCUUGGAAUGCGGGACUCCAAGUGAAUGUGCACUGUAUCGGUGAUCGGGCAAACCAGGUUGUGCUGGACAUAUUCGAAAAGCUUCAACUUGAUAGUGGAGUCUCCGUUGCCGACUACCGUCCUAGAAUCGAACACGCGCAGAUCCUGCAGACAUCAGACUUGAUUCGCAUCGGACGGCUUGGAGUGAUCCCAAGCGUGCAACCGACACAUGGGACGAGCGAUAUGGGCUACGCGGAGUCCCGGCUGGGCCCGGAACGGAUCAAGGGAGCAUAUGCAUAUCAGACGCUUCUGCAAUCUUCGCCCAAGAAAAUUUUGCCCCUGGGCUCAGACUUUCCCGUAGAGGGAGUGAAUCCACUGCUGGGAUUCUAUGCCGCUGUUUCCCGUCUCGAUCCGGACGGCAACUCGCCGCAUGGCCCCGGAGGAUGGUUCCCUUCAGAAAGAUUGACGCGCGCUCAAGCUCUCAAAGGAAUGACACUGGAUGCGGCGUAUGCGUCCUUCUCCGAGGGUGAUCUCGGCUCUUUGGUCGUUGGAAAGCGGGCAGACUUUGUGGUACUCGACCGAGAUAUCAUGACUGUCGAUCUAGGAGACAUUUUGGAUACGAAAGUGGUGGCUACUGUGAUCGACGGGAAGGUGGAAUACGGUUCCAUCCCCUCCUGGACCGUCGCACAGUUGCUGCGCGCCUAUGCUGCCCAGAAGUAGCUGUACAUACAUACACAACUUGCGGACAUGCGCAUCAGAUGCGAGUGGCGAUGCCAUUUCGUCGCACUUACUUGCAAUUGACUUCCAUGGCGCUGGUCAAACGCGCCAAAUCCAAAUCCUCGGACUCGGACGACUCUCACGGGCAAACGGAUGACACUAACGAGGACUCGGUCGAGACGGCUUCGGCUCUGCACGCUGAGAAGAAGAAACACAAGAAAUCACGACCUAUAAUAGCCUACAAGCGUUUUCUGUUCCCGUUAGGCCUUAUAACAGGUGCCCUUAUCGCGUUCUCACUUAUCGAACCGCGCGACAUCCAAGACUUGCAUGCACAUUUGACGCUUCUCCUGGGCGAAUACGAUCUAGCUUUGCCCAAUAUCCCUGGACUGGAUCUUUCUGCGCUUGAAACGGAGUGGCAGCGGUUGAGGAGCAACAUCCCGGAGGUCUGGAAACUGAGUACGGACGGACGCGAGUUUCAGGUUGGAGAGGCCAUGAAAGAGCGAAAGUUGACUGCGCAGUUUCCUGUCGUGCUGAUUCCGGGCAUAAUAUCCACAAGUUUGGAAUCUUGGUCUACGGAGCCCGAGUAUCGGCCUUUCUUCAGGCAGAAGAUGUGGGGUGGGUUCAGCAUGCUUUCUCAGGUCACCUUCAACCGCGACAAGUGGAUAAAUGCCAUGCUGCUCGACCCGGUUACAGGUCUUGAUCCGCCCGGUGCCAAGGUUCGAGCAGCCGAAGGGAUAGACGCAGCAAGUAUGUUCAUUCAGGGAUACUGGAUCUGGUCCAAAAUCGUAGAGAAUCUCGCUGUUGUGAAUUACGACACCAACAAUCUUUACCUUGCACCCUAUGACUGGCGGCUCUCAUUCUCGAAUUUGGAAGAACGUGACGGUUAUUUUUCGCGGAUCAAGACCACCAUCGAAAGCUUCAAGCGUCGGCAAGGCAAGAAGACGGUUAUCGCAGCCCACUCCAUGGGGUGCAGCGUGUUGCUGGUAUGUGGUUGCCUAGUUAUCUCGACGGUGAAUUGAGCCAUACUAGUAUUUCUUCAAAUGGGUCGAAUCCCCUGCCCAUGGCGCAGGUGGACCUACCUGGGUUGAGGACCAUGUCGAGUCAUAUAUUGCUAUCUCUGGAACCCAUUUGGGCGUUGCAAAGGCCAUGACGGCAUUUCUGUCUGGUGAAAUGAAGGACACCGUCCAGAUGAAUCCUGCUGGAGCCUACGCUUUGGAGCGCUUCUUUUCUCGAGCCGAACGACAGAAAUUGUUUCGAUCGUGGGCUGGCAGUGCCAGUAUGUGGGUCAAAGGUGGUGACGCAAUCUGGGGCGGACCAGACGGUGCACCAGACGAUGAGGUCAACUGCACGAUGACACAUGGAGAGCUGAUCGCAUUCAGAGUACAACCUCCUCCGCCUGGAGUAGCUAGUAGUGGACUGGGUGUAGAUGAAGGGGACAGGAAGAACAUGACUGUCGACACCGCGGGAUCCUGGAUCUUGCAGCACACCCCGUCUUCAUUUCAGAAAAUGAUGGCCACCAACUUCUCAGUUGGGAUAGAACGAGACGAAGAAGUCCUGAGGAAGAAUAACGAAGAUCCGACAAAGUGGUCAAACCCACUCGAGGUCCAACUUCCCUUGGCUCCUUCGAUGAAGGUAUAUUGUGUAUAUGGUCAUGGAAAGAAUCUGCAGCGUUCCUACUGGUACACACAAGCGCCUAACGAGUAUGACGAGGCCGCCGAGAAUGCCUUUGGGUCUCAGCCGCUCUGUGUCGAUGUUGGGGGUGAAGCUUGUCAGGCCAACACCGGGUUGCCUGUGGAAGCACCUUUGAUCAGGAAGAGCUGGAUCGACGCCGAAUACAACGAUGAGAACGUCACUCCCAAGAUCCGAAACGGGGUCAUGAUGGGGGAAGGCGACGGCACAGUUAACCUUAUCAGUUUGGGUGCCAUGUGCGUCGAAGGCUGGAAGCGUCCUCGCUGGAAUCCUGCCGGCAUAAAAGUCACUACAGUCGAACUUCCUCAUCAACCGGUUCUGAACAUGCCCAGAGGAGGAGCCAACACAAGCGAUCAUGUGGACAUUCUGGGCUCAACCGGACUGAACGAAAUCAUCCUCAAGGUGGCCACAGGGGUCGGUCACGAGAUUGAGGAGCGCUUUGUCUCGAACAUCAAAGAAUAUACGAGUCGGAUGCGCUGGGAUGCAGAUUAGACUAGAGUAUAAGUCUUGGUGUAAUUGGUCAUGUGUAAUGUAUCCAUCACGUGGUGUCUUUCGACACGGUCCACGUGCGUAUUGUUGUCACCUGUUUCGCCUGUUGACGACCAGAACCAUGACCUCUCCCCGGACGCUGGGGACCUCGUCGCCGCGCCAGGCGAGCACGGCGUCUCCUCUCCGAGACAGACUACUCUCAAACUCCCCCGACCCAGUCAAGAAUCAAAUCCUCCGGGACUCUGGCCUCGGCUGGUCAGACAGUCCGCAAAACAGCACCCCCACAUCCCCCCUGCGUAUCGCUAAGCGCGACUCACCUUUACGUCGAUUGCCUCAGAUCCAAGUCGCCCGUAGAACAUCAUCCAGCUUCAAGCAUGUAAAGAACAACAAUCUUGUCUCCAAAUCGCCGUUCAAGUCUCAGAUCCCCACGCCUGCCACUGGGGGUGUUCCAGCGCUUCCCCGCCCGCACGCUUCUCCCACUCGCCGUGUCUCCGGCGAGAAAAGGCCUCGGCCGCAGAGCAUUCAUGAUCAGGCGGAAGCAGAGAACGACAGACCGUUCUCAUUCAAGCGAGAGAGGCGCCAAUCCAAGACUUUUGAAGGGCUCAUCCAGAAGGAGCCAGUCACGAAGAGCCCCUUCCGACAGCUUGAGCCCGGAUGGAAAGGACCUGCUCAGACAACUCCAGUGCCCCCGGUGCCACAGACACCAUCUCGCAUCCCAGUGCCUGCAUCGGCGUCCACGACUUCAGCAUCACCGAUCCGCUCUUCCCUCGUAACCAAGCGUAUGCAUGGACCCCGCUCGAGUGGCAAUCUACGCCGUGAACAAGAGCGUCGGAAGACCGUCACCUUCAACGAGUCGUGCGAUGUUGUUGAGUUCGACCCGCAUGAAGAUGGCACCCCGGACACGACCAUGUCCAGUGUCGAUCAAGAUUUGGACCAAGAGGAUGACGAUACGGAAGACUUCUUCGCUCCCGAACAGGAGCAGAUUCCUCCGCAGCACGAGUCGUCAUACGAAAGCAUCGACCUGUCCGACACUUCGCUGUUGCCGGAGACCUCGCUGCCGUUGGAACUGGACCCGGACACGAGCAUCACGGGUCUUGUUGAUGCAAUGUUCUCAUCAAAUGAGGCGGCUGUGACUAAUACGCCACCAGGUUUAGGGUCUUCGUUCACGAGAACUUUUGCAUACACACCAGACCACCCGACGGAUCUCGACACUGAAGAUGGCGUGCCAUUUGGUCGGUCCCACCACGCGUCGCGGACUGCUGCGUUCCAUCAAGAGCAGCACAAUACGCCCCAUCUUCCCCCCAUUCCACAGCCCCAACUUGGCAGUCGCCCUCUUCCAUUCCCUGAGCACCCGACCGCCCACACCCCGCCUCGACAUCCUCGCGAUCCACUCGAAACGCCGCCGUUGGGGCGGUCGACUCACUUUGAACGUCGUCAUGCAGUCACACAAGAGGAGGCAAAGAUUGCUCAGGAAGAUGAUGACGUCGCCGCACUCCCUGGAUCCCCUUCUCCAAUGAAACCUCAUCAGACCAGUGUCGUCGAGAUUGGACUGACGCGGUUCUCGCUGCCUAGCGGUGGGGGCAUGGACGAGAGCCCUGAUCCCUUCGCUAUGCCCAAGCUCCAAGAUGAACCGUUGCCAGGAGAGGACAGCCGUGAGAUCAGCAUAGGUCGCUCGGAGGUCAACGAGAUUCUACGCAGUGCCAGCGCCAGUCCCAUGCCAAGCCCCAGCCGUAGCCUGCGUCCUCGAAUCAGCCGAGAAGAUGUGCAAAGACGGCUUUUGCGUGCUAGAAGUACUAGUCCGGAAAUCGACAUCGAACAACCCGUUGCGCAGAUGGAGACUGUUGAAGAGCAAGACAGUGUUCAGGAGAGUGUCGAGGAGGAGGAGGAAUCGCACAGGGACGAAUCACAGGAGCAAGCGGAUGACUCGUUCAUGUCAGCGGAGGAUGAAUUCAAAGAGGAGCGGGAAGCCGAGGCUGAAUACGAAGCUGCCAUGUCCCGGGAGCAGGAGGAACGGGAAGGUAGUGCGAGCACGGAGAUCGGAAUCGUUGGAGUGGCUGAGAAGCGGCUGCUCUAUGAUCUCCCUUCGACUCCAACUUUCCAAGUGCAGGCCCCGUCACCGCCUCAUCACUCGCUCUCGCCGCCGAUCGAGUCCGAGCAAGAAUUGGGUCUGAACCUGGGGCUGGAUUUCGGCAGUCGUUUUGGCUUGGGCAAGCUGGGUAUUACUGGCUUGGGAAAUGGCAGCGUCAACUCGCAAGAUUCGUUGCAGGCUGCCGAGCGACUCGAACCGGAGCGGAUGGCUGUUGAUAUGGACAUGCGCAGUGCGCUGGAUCGCUUGAUGGACGAUGUCGCCAGUGUUGGUGGCUCCUCAGUUAUCGAACAGCAAGAAGAAUCUAUGCGCACCGAGGACACUCUGCCUGACGACUCUCUCGAACUCCCUCAAGGCCAUCCAGUCGCGCGAGCGGCGACAGAUUCAGUGCUCGAUCUGCGGCACAGUGGGAGUAGUGCUUCGUUGUCGUCCAUUCCACCUCCGGUGCCGCCGAAAGACAACAUCCGCUCUAGGGAGGCGCUGAUCUUGGAGAAGCGACGCGAAUUACGUCGGCUUGACGAAGAUGACUACGAAGAAGCUCCUCAGCGGCUGGCUGUCGGCCGACCCAGUGCGCGCCGAAGCAUGAGCACCGGGGAUGUGGACGACAUAACUAAAUUACGUGCCAAAGAACUGCUCGAUCUCAGCAAAGAAGAUCUGUUGGGGGCUAGCAUUGAGAAGGCUUUGACGAGGCCUGAGGAACCUCGCAAGCCGAAAUACCAUGUUCAUGAGCACGAAGAGAUGAUCUAUGCGUCGUCAUCUGAUCAAGAGCGCAUCUCUCAUUUGGCUGCCGCCGGUGACAUCAAUGCGGGCAAAGCUUGGAAGACUGUUCGCCGUCCCUCAGACAUGAACGAGUAUUCCAAGCAAAUCAAAGAGUACCGUGCCAUGCAAGAUCCGGGCAAAGCAUGCGGCAAAGUUUUUGUUAAAGUUAUCGGAGUGAAGGGCAUGCAUCUUCCUCUCCCGAAUGAGCCCACGGCGGUGACGUGUACACUCAAUAACGGGAUCCAUUUUGUGACCACGCCCGAAACUGCGCUUGGGCGGGAGACGAGGAUCGAGCAAGAGUUUGAGCUCAUCGAAAGCGCGAAAUUGGAAUUCACCAUGUCGAUCAAAGUCCGGCGAGACCCUCAUAUUAUCUCGCAAUUCCGAGCACUGCAACCGGCUCCAGCUGUGAUCGCACCGGUUGCACCAGCCCGUCCGCCGCCUGUUGUCCAACAAACUUCGUCGAAGAGCGGUUUGCGCUUCUGGGCCUCUUCGCCGAAGAAGAAGGACAAAUUGAUUGCUGCAGCGCCACCCCCGCGACCCAUGGCACCUGUUGCUGCUGCGGCACCGGCCAGGUUACCUGAGAAUCUUGCGCGAUAUCUUAAGCCUGAUGGGACGCUGGCGCGUGCGUUUGUUGCCUUCAAAGACAUUGCGUCCCGGUGUGACACGCGGUUAUUCGAGACGAGCUUCCCGUUGAUUGGGCAGCGCACGGAAGUGGGUGGUAAGACAUCCACGCUGCAAGUCGGCGAGCUGGUCCUGCAGAUCCUGCGACUUCCACCACUGCCGAGCAUUCCGCAAGAGCAACUGCCCCAGAGCCUGGAUGAAUGUCUCCGGGGCCUCCGACAUAUCAAUUGGCACAAGGUCACCUAUUUCCAGGGCACCCUCACCCAAAACGGGGGGGACUGCAGCACCUGGCGGAGGCGGCAAUUGCGUGUGAUCGGAAGCAAGUUGGUCGCAUUCAACGACGUUACGAAACGAGCGACUGCGACGAUCGAUCUCAGCAAGGCUAUUGCAGUGGAAGACAACCAAACACCCCGCGGACCGCUCAGCCCGGCAUCUGGAAUGUCGCGUGUCAGCCAGUACGACGAGUACGAUGGCUUGUGCGGUGUCGAGCGGUCUUUCCGUCUCAUCUUCCCUCACGAACAAGAGAUCCUCUUCUUUGCUGAUUCUGACGAGGACAAGGCCAAAUGGUUGGAGGUCCUCCGGGCUCUGGUUGGGCAUAUACCGCCUUAUCCUUUGUGGGGCGAGCUACUAUGGCAACGGCAAGAAGACUUGAGACGUCGACCGGCCUGAUAUGUUAUGUCCCUUUCUCGCUUUCUUGUGCGCUAGGCCUCUAUGCUUUCGAAUAUCUUACAGCCAUCCUCUUGUACUUUAGUUAUCCCGUAUGUAUAUGCGACCAGUCUCCAUAAUAGAUCUGGUUUGAAACACCACCUCGGAAGAUGGGAUUCGUCUCAUGGCGUUCGCUUCCAUCAAUUCUCUUAUGCGAGUUGGUUGGGAGACCCA